CUGUCCCUUUACCCUCAUGAGACCCUCCUCACUUUCCUUUUAGUAAAAGAAGUCUCUCCAUCAGCUCUCUUUCCUAAUCGCUCUAACUCAGAUUCCCCGCUGCUCGCCUGAACGCUCCUUGCCAUGUCUGACAACGAGGAGGUGGUGGAGGAGUACGAGGAGUAGGUUACUUGUUUCAAUGCUUCAGCUGGAAUAUACUGAACGCGUUUCUUGUGUGUCACAGAAUCUGUGACAUGACUGCACUGUACAUUGACAGACAUGUUGUGCCUUGUAUCGUAUUGUAUUGGCAGUAUGUUGUUAUGUGAUGACAGAUUGCUAUAUAUUUGUGUUUUUUCUACCAGCAUAAUAAUGUCUGUAUGUGUUUGACUUUCAUAGGGAGGUGGAAGGUAAGAGCUCUCAUCAUAAUUCACCACAUACUGUACACCAUUACUAUCGCACUGAAUUGUGUGAACUAAAGAGGUAGUUGACAGAUGUUUAGUUAAGUAAUCCAGUGAGCGUAACCUGAUGCCACUAAUGCGUACACGCAAGGGAUUUCAAAGGAAUGUAAAGACAUUCACAUAAAUGUCACAUUGAUUGUAAAAGUGCAGCCAGUUUGUUAAGCUUACUGCUUCCACAACUGUCGGUCAGACAUGUUCCUUUUGUUGGAGGCUCAUCUGCAGCUCAAUGUGUGUUUGUACCAACACACGUCCUUGUUAGGGCAAAGAUUGCAGUUGGUCGAUUGCUGGGGGGAAACAAAUCCACAAAAUGUAAAUUAGAUGAAGCAUUACGGAAACAGUUGUUGGAUAUGUAUACCAUACUUUGUUUUCUCAUUGUGAUUAUUACAUUUGUAAAUUCCCUCUCGUGUAUUUUCCUGGCUGUGUGAUUUAGAUGAGGAGACUACUGAAGGUAAGGCACUUGAAUUGUAUGAAUGAAGCUCUGGGUCAUCAAUGAAUGAUAUUUCAGUUGGACUUAGGGAGUGAUGAACAUUGACAGUUGGUGGUUAAAAUAACAUCGCUGUGGUCAGUAGUGAAGAAAGUAUUAAGAUCCUUAAGUAAAAGUGGAAAUACUCCAAGUGAACUCUCUGCAAUAUAAAAGUAAAAGUAUGUAAGUAGAAAAUGCUCUGAGUAUUAAAAGUACUCAUGCAGAAGAAAUAGCCACUGUAGAUAUGUUAAUAUCUAAUAAUAUUAUGACAUGGUUGAGGGGUAGAUAUUUUUUUAACAAUUUUUUAAAGGACAACUAUUUAUUAUUUAUGUCAUGGAGUAAUCUGCUGAUAAUUUUCUCAAUUUAAUAGAUGUUUUUGAAAAUAGUGAGAUGCCAUCACAAGAGAUGAUUGACAAUAAAUUCAAAUUAAUACAUUAAAUAGAAAAAGGCAGCAAAAAGGGUUAUUAUUAAAAUAGUUUCAAAUUAAUCAUUCUUUGUCUCAACUUGCAAAUCAAUUGAAUAAUCAACUCUAACUGUGUGUACUGGUCUGACUGGCUUUACUAAACAGCGUUGUGCUUUUGCUCAGCAGGAGAGCAGGGAGUAGAGGAGGAGGAGGUGGAGGAGGAGGCGGCAGAGGAAGACACCGUGCAGGAUGUGGAUGAACCUGAUGCAGAGGAGGAGCCCAACGAAGAACGAGAUGGAGAAGAGGAAGUGGAGGAGGGAGAAGAGGAGGCCAAACCAAAAUUCAAGUCAUUUAUCAUGCCCAACCUCAUCCCUCCUAAGAUCCCAGAUGGAGAGAAGGUGGAUUUUGAUGAUAUACACCGUAAAAGGAUGGAGAAAGACCUGAUGGAGCUUCAGACUUUGAUCGUGGUUCACUUUGAGAGCAGAAAGAAGGAAGAAGAUGACAUCAUUCAUCUCAAGGACAGAAUUGACAAGCGUCGUUCUGAGCGAUCAGAACAGCAAAGAAUCCGAAGUGAGAGAGAUAAAGAGCGGCAGAAGCGUCUUGAGGAUGAGAAAGCUCGCAAGGAGGAGGAGGAGGCCAAGAGGAGAGCAGAUGAGGAUGCUAAGAAAAAGAAAAUCCUUACCAGCCUCCACUUUGGAGGUUACAUGCAGAAGUUGACAGAAAAACGGAGCGGAAAGAGGCAAACUGAGAGAGAGAAGAAAAGGAAAAUAUUGAGUGAAAGACGCAAAUCUCUGGACAUCGAGAACUUGAGCCAGGACAAACUCAAGGAGAAAGCUAAAGAGCUGUGGGAGUGGAUGCAGGAGCUGGAGGCAGAAAAGUUUGACCUGCAAUACCAGCUCACCAGUCAGAAAUAUGAGAUUAAUGUGCUGAGGAACCGUGUCAGUGACCAUCAGAAAAUAUCUAAAAGAGCCAAAAGAGGGCUGAGGAAAUGAGCGUGAAUGUGCAGCUCAAGCAGUGUCAGCAUCAGCCCCAUCCUGCAGCCACCGCCUCAAACCAAGCCCUGGCUUUCCUGCCACGCCCUGGUCCCUGUUUCCCCACUAACAUCACCUACCAAUUAUAUGCAGGUUUCCAGCGCCAUCUCACUCGAAUGUAUUCCUUUUCUUUCCAAUCAUUAAAUUAGAUCCUCCGUGUUUAAGGGUGUAAAUGAAAAAAAAACGUUCUUCAAUCAAGGAUUCUUUGCUUUUUUUGUGUGCAUGUGUUAACUGGCACUCAAAACUCAAAAGAGUCAAAUUACAUGAAUGCAGAAAGCCUGAAGCUAAUACAGGAAGAGACAUCUUCCUACUCAGAGACAGGCUCUGACAUGACCAAGACUGUCAUAAAGCUCCGUGGGCUAACGCCCAGACAUCCACCCAACAGACACAUUCACCCAAACUUGGAAGAGAAUUAAUCAUUUAAAUUCAACCGAAAUCCAGGUGGGAAAGUCCUUUAAAAAAAAGAAAAGAAAAACACACACAGUCGUUCUAACCUCUCUUCAAAAGGAAGGUUAAUAUCAACGUUGUUACAACUUAAUGAAAUGAGCAUACCAUUCAAAGGACGUAUGAUUUAUGAAUUUGUGGUCAGGUUUUACUGUAUUUAUCACAAUUAAUAAAACACAUACAUGAUGUGGUCUAAGGGUG